GGGUACGCCUAGCGCUGCUGCGAGCCGACAUGCUCAGCGCAUACGCGCGCAUCGCUGCCGCGGCUGGCCGGCAACAGCCACGCGGUCUGUCCGCGGCUGACGGCAGCACCAACGGCAGCUCCAGCGGCAGCAGCAGCAGCAAUGGUGAUGGCGGUGACAGCAACAGCAACCGUGGCAAGGGGGAGGGUGACAGAGGUGGCGAGGGGACGGGUGGCUACAGCAAGACGCAAGCGCAGCUUCACGCCUAUGCGGUAAUGAUCAGCACCGCGUUAAUUCACGAUCUAAUUCUUGCAGCCGACCAGACCUGUGGGUUUGCCGAGCUGCUGACCGCGCUCGAACGCACACAGCUGCUCGAGCACCAAGCCGGUGCCAUCCUGCGUCUGGCGUCAGCGCCGGCGUCGGCGUCGGCGGCAGGGCGGCAGGCGGCAGCGCAGACAGCAGCAGCUGCCGCAGCGGCAGCAGACGCAACGUUCGCGGCCUUGGCAAUGGAGGAAGGAGCUGCGCCCGGCGGGUCGCCGCAGCAGGCCGGCGGCAGCAGUAGCAGCACCGGCGGCAGUAGCAGCAGCGGGCUGGCUCCCGCGGUUGCAGCCGUCGUUGCGGCGAGACCAUUCAUUGGGCUCGUCUCUCGGCUGGUGUGGCCUCCAAGUAACGGGCCCGUGAGUCUGGAACGCCUGGCGCCGGCGGCAACAGGGGCGGCGGCCGGGCCGCUGGCGGCGGCGGUGGCAGCACCUGCUGCUGCCGCCGGCCGUAGCCGUGCUAGCAGCGGCCAUGGCAGUAGUAGUGGAUGCGUUGGUCAGGGCGGGAGCAGUAGCAGCAGUGCUAGCGAUGGCAGUAGCAGCGUGCGGCCCGCAGAACAUGAGGCCACGGCAGCGCCGUCGCCGUCGCCCGCUGCUGAGAGGGCUGAGGCGUUCUAUCUGUCGGAGCUGCCGCGUGUGCGGUCGCUUCUGAGCGGUCCGUGUGUGCAGCUACUGCUGGCCUGGGUUUGGGCCUGCGUGCAGAAGAGUGUGACGGCUACUAACGUGGCAGGCGGCGCACAAACUGCCGCCGCCGGCAGCGGAUCAGCCGCCGCCGCCGCCGCCGGGGCUGCAUCUGCUGCGGCCGGGGGUGCACGCGGGGCGGCGGACCUGCUGGACUGGCGGCAGAGGCGGCGCAUAACACAGAACCCGACGUCCCCGCCGCUGCCGUUGCCACAGCCAAUGCGGCAGACGCUACGACUGCCGCGCGAGCUGCCAGUGAGGCCGGUGGUGCAAGUCGACGCACUGCCGGGCGCCGGCGACGGCAGCGGCAUUGACGACAACCGGCAGCGGAUGCUGAAGAGGGUGAUGCAGAUGGCGGUGGGGGUGAUAAAUGUCAUGCAAGUCACAGUCGGUGGCGGCGGCGCGCCCCGCCGCCGCCGCAGCGGGUUAGGCAGCAGCAGCCCGGCGGCCGCCGCGGCAGCUGUAGCGGCCUCCGACCUCGCCGCCACCGCGCCCCAGCAGCCGCAGCAGCCGCAGCAGCUACAGCCACAGCCGGCGGCGCCAAGUAGGGCAAGGCGGGACAGCGGUGGCGGCGGCGCGCGGGCCGCGACACCUGUCGCUGCCGCCACCCUUCCCGCGCGCCACGCCUACAGCCUCCUGCUCACGACGCUUCCCGACUUUGUUUUGGUAGCGGCGCCGGCGCCGCCGCUUCAGGGGCUGCUGAGCGUUGGGUCCCACGUGCUGCUCCGGCUGCUGACGGAGCUGCCGCCGCGCCAGGCAGCGGCGCGGCUGCCGGGGCUGUGGCAGCUCCUCGUGAGGCUGUUGCCCGUGGAGCUCGAGGAAGUCAUGUGCGAGGCAGUUGGAAGAGCGCUGCAGCUACAGACGCAGCCUGUGGGCUUUGAGGGCCCGGCAGCGUUGGGCCAGGCAGCAGCGCAGCUGCCGCAGCGGGCAGCAGUAGCAGCGGCGCCAGCGGCGCCGCAGCGGGCUGUUGCAGCCGCGGCUGCUGCCACAGCUCCUGCCGUGGCAGCAGCAGCCGGUCCCUGCUACAGCCUGCGCUGCGCGCUGGACGCUGGGCUACUGCCAGCGCUGGAGCGAGCGCUGCGCAACCCAGCGGCGUGGCCGCCCCCCAACCCCAGCGCGCGCCACGAGGGCGAACAGCCGCCGCAGCUCAACGACCUGGUGCAUGCAGUGUUCCAGGGCUCGUGUGCCGUGCCGGCGCUGCUGGCACACGGAGACCUGGCGGACGCGGCGAGCCUGGUGGCGACCCUGGGCGCGGCGGCGCGAACGGUUCUGUGCCCCAGGUCGCAGCAGCAGCAGCAGCAAUUGGAUGCCUUGUUCAUGGGGGAAACGGCCGUGACCGCCGGCAUCCUUAUUGAGAGUGUGGUGGAGCAGCUGUGCGCGGCUUUGGACAUGCAGGUGGCGAAGCCGACACGAGCCACGCCGGGGUUGGCAUCUGCGUCAUUGUCAAUGGCAAUGGCGGCUAGAGGCGGCGGUAGCAGCGACGGCAGUAGCAGCCGCAUGGCUGGCGGUGGUAGCCCUGGUAGCCCUGGCAGCACCAGCACCAGCAGUGGCAGUAGCAGCACAAGCAGCAACACAACCAGCACCAGCAGUGGCAGUAGCAGCACAAGCUGCCGGCUGCUGGAAACCCAUGGGCGCCCAACGGCCGACCAAGAGGCCGCACCCGCGGAAGGCUUGGCGCUCAUAGCGGCGCUGGGCGGCGCGCCGCCGCCAGGCUCGCCGGCGGCGGCGCAGCAGGCGCUGCUCGCGUCCUUCGGGCUGCAGCAGUGGCUUCCGGUCCUGAUUUUCUUGGCAGGCCACUGUGUUGCUGCUGACGUGUUGAUGAUGAGUCAUCAAGCGCCGGCGGUGGGGCACAACGACCCAAGCACGCAGGUGUGUCAUCGCAUGCUGUUCAGCGCCUUGCGUCCAGCCACGCGCGUGAUGCUGGCGGUGGCGGCGGCCGCCGGCGAACCAAGCGGGGAGGCGGCGGCUGCAGUCCCGCAGGGACGAAUGGACGCCUGGCGGCGCGUGAUGCUACAGCCCUGCGCCAGCGCCGUGCAGCGGCUCGUGGUAAUGAUGGUGUUGCUGGCGCAGCAAGGCGACGCCGCCGCCGCCGCCGCCGUCACGAUUCCCCCGGAGCUGGAGGCGGCAAUGUUGGAUCUCAUCACUGCCUAUCUGGCAGUGUGCGGUCCGGAGCUCGGAAUGAAGCUGCUGUACACGCGGGUACCGCCCAUGCAAGUGGUGAUGUCGUCAGAGGCAGUAGCGGCGGUCGUGCCGCAGCCGGCGGGCGGUCCUGCUACUGCCGCAACAGGCGGCGGGCGUGGUCGCGCUCGCGCCGGCCGCGCCGGGCGUGGUGGCAGUAGCAGCAACAACAGCAGUAGCAGCAGUAGCAGCAUCAGUCCCGCCGCCGCCACGCCACCGACACAGGAAAUGCUGGUUGGCUCGUGGCUUGUAAUGGCAGCGCUGCGGCAGGGCAGCCGUGGCGGCGCAUUCCUCACAUAUAUGAACUGGGCGGGGCGGGCUCAGCUGCUGUCGCCCUCCCAGGCGGCGGCGGCGGCGGCGGCGGCGGCCGCAGCCACGGCGGCAGAAGCAGCUGCGAGGCCGGACAAUGGCCGGCGGCGCAGUAGCCCUGCCGCCGCUGCAGGUACAGCUACCGCUUCCGAUGGUACUGCCGCUGCUGCCAGGGCUCCUGCUGCGCAACCUUCUUUUGCUGCUACUGCCGUUGCAGAUAUGGGCACGUUAUUGGUGUUGCACGCGGAGGCGGCGCUGCAACUGCGGCGUGUGCUGCUGCGAGACCCGGCCUGGCAGCGGCGUUACGGACCGCCUAUGUCGUGGCUGCUGUCGCCUGUUGAGAUGGAGGUGCGGCUGCGGCGGGGCGGUGUGGUGCCGGGUGGCGGGGCCUGGUGCUGUGACGGCGAGGCGCGGCCCAUGGUGAGCGGCGGCGGCGUAGGUGGCAGCGGCGAUGGCGGAGGCAACAGUAGCGGUGCGGGGGCGGCAGCCGCGCAGGGCAGCAGCGGUGGUGACGACUGCGUCCUCCUGUGUGGCAACCCCGACUGCUGCAGCCUGGACGGCCCCAGUGCGUUGAUCCCGCCGGGCGGCGGCAAGCUGUGCAGCAGGUGCAAGGCGGUGCGGUACUGCUGCGGCGCCUGCCAGCUGGCGCACUGGCGCGAGGGCGGGCACAGCGCGGCGUGUGCGCGGAUGGCGGCAGCGGUGGCGGCGGCACCUGCAGGUCCUGUGGCGGAUACAGGGGCGGCGUAGCAGCCAGCGCAGUAAUGGUUGCUGCAGGAGUUAUCAGCUAAUGCUACGCUUCUAGAUUGGACAAUACGAGUUGAGCACUGACUGUUCUAUGGAGCAAGUAGUACCAUAUUGAGACUGUUGUGGCAUUGCGUUGAUUGAGAAGGGUAGCAACUGCAGCAUGUCAGUCGAUCGUGUGAGGUUGCGGUAGUGAGUUGGCGGCACCUGUGAGCCUCUGCUGCUCCGUUACCGUGCCAACAAGAGUCGUGGUUCGUGCGGUGUGCAGCUAGCACUGUGGGAUGCGGGUGCGGAGGC